AUGUCAUCAUCGAAUUGGAAAUGCUCACCGCGGACAUUCCCGACGUCGGGAUUCGAGCUUCUUGAUCCGAGAAUUAAGAUUGAGGAGGAAAGGCUGCCAACAUAUUCUCCCCAAAAAUAUUAUCCUGUCCAAGAGGGAGAGAUUUUCAACGACCGAUACCAAGCCAUCGCUAAAGUAGGGUUUGGGGUAACUUCCACAGUUUGGUUUGCUCGUGACUUGUUACAACACUCAAGGCCGCCAUCUUUGUCUGGUCCACCAAGCUCUGGGGAUGAAUACAUCCGAUCUCCUACAGCUCAAACAUGGCCACCGAAUGACCCUCGAAGGUACAACCUAUUCUUGCUGUAUAGACCCUCCUGCAUUUCUAAUCCCAAUAAAGAUCUACAACUCAAAAAUCUCCUCCUCCCUGCCCCUUCACCCGAGGUACUGUCUGAUUUCGAAGAGCAAGUCUUCACCAGGCCAGCACCCAGGAAAGUUCUACAAGAUCAAACAAUCUAUACAAGCCCACCUUUUCCUGCCGGAGAUGGCCUCCCUCUCCUUGGUGACUUAGGCGAAGCCCGCUUUGGUGAAGAGGAACAGUGUGAUAAUAUCAUGCCAGAAUACUAUCGCGCCCCUGAAGUGAUUCUCAAAUCCAAUUGGGAUUAUAAGGUGGAUAUUUGGAGUGUUGGAAUGGUGGCCUGGGACAUUGUCAGCCCCAAAACGAUUAUCGAUGGCAAGGUUGUAGACGAUACUUGGGACGACGGAGCUCAUAUCGCGGAACUUGUAGCACUGCUUGGGCGUCCGUCACCCGAAUUCUUGAAAAAAGCGAAUAUGAGCUGGGUCUUCUGGGAUGAAUCGGGGAACUGGAAAAAUCUAGUGCCUAUACCUGACCGGUCAUUCGAGAAGCUAGCCGCCGAUAUCCAAGGUGAAGAUGUGGAAGGGUUCUUAAAAUGGUUGCGAUUGGCCUUGCAAUGGAACCCUGAAGAUCGUCCGACUGCUGUAGAGCUUUUGAUGGACCCAUGGCUGAUGAAGGGACUUAAAUUGCGAAAGAAGACCUGA